AUGUGCGGCAUGGGCGUGCUGCCCAUCAAGACCAAGUACAAGGGUCCCGCUCCCCGCUACACUGGCCCUGCUGACCAACCCGACAUCAUCGAUGAGGCGAUCAGCUUCUUCAAGGCCAACGUGCUGUUCAGGAACUACGAGGUCAAGGGUCCGGCUGACCGCGUCCUCAUCUACCUGACGCUCUACAUCUCGCAGGCCAUCAACCAGAUGGUGAACCAGAGCAAGGGCGGCGCCCAGAAGAACCUCUUCAACCUCGCCAUCCAGAACUUCGCUGUUCCCGGCGACAAGAACUUCGCUCUUGCUGGCUUCGUCUCCAACCCGGCCAACCGUGCUGAGGCUGACCAGAUCCGUCAGUACCUGACCCAGCUCAGGCAGGAGACCGGCGACCGUCUCAUCGAGGCCGUGUACGCCUUUGGCGAGAACGAGCCCAGCAAGUGGUGGAUGUGCUUCUCCAAGAGGAAGUUCCUCAACAAGAACCUCUAA